AUGAUUCAUCAUAGUCUAUUUUUUGUAUGUCUUUUGUUUCGAUAUAAAAUACAUUUUCUCAUCUCACUUUUUUAUUCUAUUUUUUUGCGCUAUCAUUCUUUUCUUUUUCCUAGAAUAUUCUUCUUCUUCUUCCUCUUCUUCUUUCUUCCUUUCUUUCUUUUUUUAUUUUACAGUCUUUUUUAUGUCUUUCUGUCUUUCUUUCUUAAUAUUCAUUUAAUAUUCUUCUUCUUCUUCUUUCUUUCUUUUUUUAUUUUACAGUCUUUUUUAUGUCUUUCUUUCUUAAUAUUCAUUUGUUUCUCUUUAAAAAAUCUCUUUGUUUAUUAUUGCUUUCUUUCUUUCUUAUUAAUUGUUUGUUUUUCUUUUUUAAAAAAUAUUUCUUAUUUCUUUUUUUUUUUUAGUAAUUAUUCAUUUGAUUGUUUCCUUUUUAAAAAAACAUCUGUUUUCUUUCUUUCUUCCUUUCUUUUUAAUAUACUUCUUCUUCUUUAUCUAUUUCUUUUUUUAUUUAGUUUACCGUCUUCUUUUUUCUUUCUUUCUUUCUUAAUAUUCUAUUUUUUCUCUUUAAAAAAACAUUCCUUUCUUAUUAUUUUUACAAAAUCUUUCGUUCUUAUUUCUUCCUUCCUUUUUAUUCAUUUGAUUAUUUCCUUUUCUGAAAAAAAAUUCCUUUCUUUCUUUCUUUCUUUCCUUUCUUUUUAUCAAUGCCUCAUGGUUGUCUAUGUUUUUGAAUCUCAUUGUAUCUUUCUUUUUCUUUUCCUCUUCCUAAAAUAUACUUCUUCCUCCUCCUCCUCCUCUUCUUCUUCUUCUUCUUUCUUUCUUUCAUUCUUUCUAUUUUUAUUUAUUUACCUUUACAGUCUUUUUCUUUCUUUUUUUUUCCGCUACAACAUCUAUCUAUCUAUCUAUCUAUCUAUCUAUCUAUCUAUCUAUCUAUCUCCGCGUCUUAUUUAUAUAUCUACAUAUAUAUCUAUCUAUCUCAGUUACAACAUCUAUCUAUCUAUCUAUCUAUCUAUCUAUCUAUCUAUCUAUCUAUCACAGUCUGUUCGUAUCUAUCUAUCUAUCUAUCUAUCUAUCUAUCUAUCUAUCUAUCUAUCUAUCUAUCACAGUCUGUUCGUAUCUAUCUAUCUAUCUAUCUAUCUAUCUAUCUCCUUCCCUUCGUUAUCUAUUUUAUAUCUAUCUAUCUAUCUAUCUAUCUAUCUAUCUAUCUAUCUAUCUAUCUCAGUCUCUUCAUAUCUAUCUAUCUCUGAUUCUUCCUAUUUAUCUCUUUCUAUGCAUCUAAUUCAUCUGUUCAUAUCUACCUAUAUAUCUAUAGCAAUCUAUCUAUCUAUCUAUCUAUCUAUCUAUCUAUCUAUCUAUCUAUCCCGUUUAUCUGAUACAAUACAUAUCUAUCUAUCUAUCUGUCUAUCUAUCUAUCUAUCUAUCUAUCUGUCUAUCUAUCUAUCUAUCCAGUUUCAUAAUUAA